AUGUCACAUGAUGGUGAAGGUCUUUAUGGGAUUUUGAAUGAACGAAACAUUAAAGAAGUCCAAUUUGGUGUUGAUAAGAGAUUUCCAACCUGGUAUGGUAGUAAUGUGUAUUUUGAUCCCGAGAGUAGAGCUUUAGGAUAUUUGGAGAAAAAUGGAUCGGAUGGAUUGAGUGGAUCAAAUGGGACCAACGGUCAUAAUAAAGGUGAUGUCCAAUUUUGGCUCGAUACACUUUAUGUAUGCGAAUAUUGUUUCAAAUACACUGACAAUGAAGAGGAUCUUGCUGGCCAUGCCAAGCAUUGUAGAUUCCAAAAACAUUCACCUGGAAAAAUAAAAUAUAAAAGUCCGAAUUAUACCAUCAAAAGGGUAAAAGGAACAAAACAUCGUCUAUUUUGUCAGUGCCUAUGUCUUUUUACCAAACUUUUCCUCGACAACAAAUCCAUGUACUUUAAAGUAGAUCACUACGAAUUUUAUAUCGUCUAUGAGACUUCGUCCACUAAACCGAUGGGAUUUUUCUCCAAAGACACGGUUUCUUACUACCAAAAUAAUCUGGCCUGUGUUCUAGUUUUUCCUCCUUAUCAAAGGCGCCAAUUGGGUACAUUUCUCUUAGAUUUUUCUUACAAAAUAUCAAAGUCUGAAGGUUUGAUAUCAGGACCUGAAUUUCCCCUCUCACCAUUUGGAUUAAUUGGAUACGUGAAAUAUUGGUCUUUAAAGAUAUGUUGGGAAUUUUCUGAAGGUGAAUUAGCUAACAUGGAGAAAAUUACCUUAGAGAAUAUAUCUUCAGUAACAGGGUUUCGAAUCAGUGAUAUAAUUACUGCUUUAAAGUAUCUCGGGUGCUUGGGAGAAUCUGAUGAAAUUUAUUUGUCUAUACUUAGAAAAAAGCUGAACAGACAUAGCUGUGAGGCUCUAGUAGAAGAUGAGUAUUUGCUGUUAGACGAUUAA